AGGUGAGCCUCAGAGGCCACAGGUGAGCCUCAGAGGCCACAGGUGAGCGUCAGAGGCCACAGGUGAGCCUUAGAGGCCACAGGUGAGCCUUAGAGGCCACAGGUGAGCGUCAGAGGCCACAGGUGAGCGUCAGAGGCCACAGGUGAGCCUUAGAGGCCACAGGUGAGCGUCAGAGGCCACAGGUGAGCCUCAGAGGCCACAGGUGAGCGUCAGAGGCCACAGGUGAGCCUCAGAGGCCACAGGUGAGCGUCAGAGGCCACAGGUGAGCGUCAGAGGCCACAGGUGAGCGUCAGAGGCCACAGGUGAGCGUCAGAGGCCACAGGUGAGCCUCAGAGGCCACAGGUGAGCCUCAGAGGCCACAGGUGAGCCUCAGAGGCCACAGGUGAGCGUCAGAGGCCACAGGUGAGCGUCAGAGGCCACAGGUGAGCCUUAGAGGCCACAGGUGAGCGUCAGAGGCCACAGGUGAGCCUUAGAGGCCACAGGUGAGCGUCAGAGGCCACAGGUGAGCGUCAGAGGCCACAGGUGAGCGUCAGAGGCCACAGGUGAGCCUUAGAGGCCACAGGUGAGCGUCAGAGGCCACAGGUGAGCCUUAGAGGCCACAGGUGAGCCUUAGAGGCCACAGGUGAGCCUUAGAGGCCACAGGUGAGCGUCAGAGGCCACAGGUGAGCCUUAGAGGCCACAGGUGAGCAUUAGAGGUGUGUGGGUGUGAACAGUCUGACUCUGUCCUCAGCUCAGCUCCAUGGAGAGCAGCCCAGCUACCUGAAGGGAGACAACUUCUUCAAAUUCACCUGCUGUGACUGUUCUGAGGACGGAAAGGAGAGCUUUGAGAGGAUGAGGCUCACCUGGCAGCAGGUGGUGAUGUUGGCCAUGUACAACCUGUCUCUGGAGGGGACGGGUCGGCAGGGAUACUUCAGGUGGAAGGAGGAUAUCUGCGCUUUCAUUGGCCGACACUGGAACUUCCUGCUGGGAACGAGGAAGAAGACGUCGACGUGGUGGAGCACGGUGGCCGGCUGCCUCUCGGUCGGCAGCCCCACGUUCUUCCGCUCAGGAGCUCAGGAGUUCGGUGAACCCGGCUGGUGGAAGCUGGUCCAGAACAGACCUCCAACGCUGCGACCGGAGGUGGACAAAGCCUCCACCAAGGCCAAAGCCUCCAAACCCACGGUGGACCCCAUCAUCACCGUGGAGGGUCUGAGGAAACGGGGCGCCAGGAACCCCGUGGAGAACGCCAUGCAGCUGAAGGAGAAGCGCUCUCGCACCCAGGAGGCCAAAGACAUCCGGCGAGCUCAGAAGGAGGCGGUGGGCGGUUACAUGGACCGCAGCGCCUCCUCCACGCCCGUCAAACUGGCCGGAGGUCGCAGCACCGGGCGCCGCCCCGAUCUGGUCCUGGAGAAAGGCGAGGUCAUAGACUUCUCCUCCCUCAGCUCCUCGGACCGAACUCCACUCACCAGCCCCUCCCCUUCUCCUUCCCCCGACUUCUCCGCCCCCGGAACCCCCGCCUCCCACUCAGCCACGCCCAGCCUGCUGUCAGAGGCCGACCUCAUCCCCGACGCCAUGCCGCCCCAGGCCCUGUUCCACGAUGAUGAGGAGAUGGAGACGGAGGGGAUGAUCGACCCUGGGAUGGAGUACCUUCCUCCUCCCAGCUCCAGCCUCGCCGCCCGUAAGAAGCUCCGCCCAGCACCGCCUCACAUCAAACGUGAAGCCGAGAGCGAGGACGACGAGGGCCGCGAGCGCGAGGAUGACUUGGAGGACGCGGUGGGACGAAGCAACGGUCCCCCUCUGUCCACCGGGGGGUGUGGUGGAGCCGGCGAGCGGAGGAGGAUCGGUCAUCCUGACAAAGUCGACGGCGGCGGCGCCCAGAGUCCUCGCUACACCGCCCUCAGCCUGUAUGAGGAGAGGAUGCUACUGCGCCGGCUGGACGCCUGCCCACUAGCGCUAGCCGUCACGCCGCAGGCCAAACGCCUCCACAGGAAGCUGCUGGUGCGGCAGGCGAAGCGGCAGAGAGGGCUCCCCCUGCUGGAUGUGGACCGAGCCGUCAGCGCCACCCUCAGCCUGGUGGGAGGGAUCUACGGAGCCCAGGAGGCGGGGGCUCUGCUGGGAGGCGGAGUCAAAGGGAAGUACUGCACCAACAGCCAGGAGCUGCGCAUCCUCGACCGCUUCCAGAUCAGCCCGUCCAGCAGAAGAAACGUCCAGAAGAACUCCGUGUCCUUCUGGCACCGACUGAUGGGAGCCGAGGGCAGUUUGGACCAAAGCAUCAAGAGUCCGUAUACGUCCCGGAUCCUGAAGCCCUACAUCAGGAGGGAUUAUGAAAGUCGUCCGGUGAAGUUGCGGCUGCUGGCAGAGAUCCGAGCGUUUCCUCACAGGAAGGAUCCUGAUUGGCUCCCUGAGGCCGACGCCCCCAUUGAUUACUGCUACGUGCGGCCCAAUCACAUCCCCUCCGUCAACGCCAUGUGUCACGACAGCUUCUGGCCCGGCGUGGACCUGUCGGAGUGCCUGCAGUACCCCGACUUCAGCGUGGUGGCGCUCUACAGGAAGGUGGUGGUCGGCUUUGGCUUCAUGGUUCCAGACAUCAAGUACAACGAGGCCUACAUCUCCUUUCUGCUGGUCCAUCCCGAGUGGAGGCGGGCCGGCAUCGGAACCUUCAUGAUCUACCACCUGAUCCAGACCUGCAUGGGGAAAGACGUGACGCUCCAUGUGUCGGCCAGUAAUCCCGCCAUGCUGCUCUACCAGAAGUUUGGCUUCAAGGCUGAGGAGUACAUCCUGGACUUCUACGAUAAAUAUUAUCCGGUGGACAGCACCGAGUGCCGCCACGCCUUCUUCCUGCGACUGAGGCGCUGACAGCUGUAGCUCCACCCCCUGACCAUGUGACUGUUUCAGGAACAAACAAAUGAAAAGCGUUUCCAGAAAGACUCGGCUGUGUUCCAGUCUGUAAAUGUUUCUGUCGUCCAGUCAAAAAGUUCCCCUUCAAUCAUCUGUUUUUAGGUUUUUAUUUCUGCAGGUGUGAGGUUCAUGAGUCUCCAGCAGGAGGCGCUGCAGGAAGCAGGAGAAGCUGCUAGUUGACUUUUUAACUGAAUGUUCUGGAAUAAAGUGACUCCUCAAACAGG